UCCUCCCACUUGAUAUGAUUAUAUCUUGAAGAAUCUGCUUCUUGUCCGAGCUAAUUUUAGUGCUGUCAUAAGUGGACUUACAACAAAAUGCUGACUGUCUUUUUAUCACUUUUGCUGCUCCAACUGAGUCGGUGCACAGUCGGUGAGAACUAUGAGACAAAGACUGUCAAUGUUGGAAAUGAUGUGACUUUAUCUUGUCCUCGCAAUAACUCUUGGCUGUCAACACAUGUAUUUUGGUUCAGGCUUGUUUCUGAAGAUUUGCCUGAAAUUUUGGGAGGAACUUUUUUCUUUGACAAUGAGGAUGUUAUCAAAACUCCUCACUACACAGCAAAACAAGAGCCUGGAACAUUUGCCCUGAUUCUCAGUAAAACACAGCUCAGUGAUACUGGACUUUACUUUUGUGUUAAACAAACUCAACUUGAAGUUACACUUUUAAAGGGAGUGUUUCUGAGAGUUAAAGAACCAGGACCUGACAUCACCACAGUCAUUCAAGACAUUUCACCUGAUCCAGCCCGUCCAUGGGACUCAAAGACUCUGCAGUGUUCAUUCCUUUAUGAUCCUGAAAAUAAACCAUGUUCAGGAAAACACAGAGUAUUCUGGUUCAGAGCUGGAUCAGAUGAAUCCCGUCCCAGUGUCAUUUACAGUCAUGGAAACAGAAGUGAUGGAUGUGAGGAGAGUUCUGAGGCUCCCUCUCUGCAGAAAUGUAUCUACAGCUUCUCUAAGACCUUCAGCUCCUCUGAUGACGGGACGUAUUACUGUGCUGUGGCUGCAUGUGGGGAGAUAUUGUUUGGAAAUGGAACAAAGCUUAACAUUGAAGAAUGA